AUCUCCGCAACUGAUAGUUUGAUAAAAUUGUUUGUGAUGAAAUUGUCGUUCAAGUGAAAUUUCCUUAACUACGUUUCUAAUCGAAGUUAGCUUCCAUUAAUUAUGGAAGCGGUACCGAAGAUACCCCUUAUCAGUUUCGAAUUAAAAGUAUCAACAGAGAAUACAAAAUUUGGAACAAAACUUAAACAGUACAUUGCCGAAGUUUAUAAAGAAGAUCCAGAAAGCUACAGUAAUGAGAUUCAUUCGCUCGAAGGGCUACGAUCGGCCGCCGUGAGGCCUACAAUGGAUACGGCAGGCUUGAAAUCUUUAAUUAGAUAUUUUUGCCAACUUCGUGCCAUGCAAAGCCGAUUCCCAAUGAGCAAAGGCCAGCCGGCGGCUUGCAAUUUCACUUGGAAGGAUCUCUACGCCAGUAUGAAUUGUACCUCAGCAUCUGCUAGGUUUGAAUUAGGAUGUAUUCUUUACAAUAUUGGUGCCCUAAAUACAGAACUUGGCGCAAUGGAGCCUCGUACCACAGCUGAAAGCCUGAAAGCCACUUGCACUCACUUCCAGCAUGCUGCAUACUCAUUUCAGCUCUUGAGAGAGCAAUUUACUCAACCUCCAGGUGUUGAUAUUUCCUCAGAAAUAAUGAGACUUCUCCAGGAAAUUUGCUUGGGUCAAGCCCAGCAAUGUAUUCUAGAGAAGAGUAUACAAGAUACAAGAAAGCCCCGUGUUAUUGGAGCAGUAGCAAUACAAGUUGUUUUAUUCUGCAAAAAUGCUCUGGCUUUACUUGGACCGUCCACUGGUUCAGAAAAUGUUUAUGAAGUUGUUGGUAUAACCCUGUACAACUAUUGGUAUCGGUCCCUUUCUUUUAAAAUGUCCUUUGUUGGAUCUAUUGCCUGUCUGUAUCAAGGAAUGCAUGCUGAAGAGCAGCAGAAAAUGGGUGAGAGAGUUGCCUUUUAUCAACUGGCAGCUGAAAAACUGGCAGAAGCCAGGAAAAUUGCCAAAAACAUGGACUCCAACAAGGUGAUUUUGGAAGCUUUGAACUUUAUGAACGACGUUAUCGAAGGAAAAAAGAAAGCAGCCAAGAACGAAAAUGAAUUUAUUUAUCACGAGGAAGUUCCUGACAAGGAUAUGUUAACAGAACUGAAACCAGUGUGUUUGGUGAAACCAUUGCCAAUUAACUUUAAUGAUCCUGAGUUGUCAGGUUCGGACCUAUUCGCUCGCCUAGUGCCGAUCGCGGCACACGAGGUGUCCUCGGUGUACUCCGAGCAGAAGGCGAAGCUGCUGCGGCACGUGAUGACCCAGAUCGACGCCAAGAACACCGAGUUAACGGAGUUUAUGUCGUCACUGCAACUCGAUCAGCUCGAUGUGCUGGAUUCGGAACAAAAGGUGCCCCAAGAUAUAGUCGACCGGUGUGCGGCGAUGAAUGCCAAGUCGGAAAUAAUACAGUCACUAGUUGAUUCGAUGAACAGUCUGGCCGAAACUAUCAGCGACGUGGAACACUCGUUGGGAGAAAUAAAAAAUCUCAUACAGGAGGAAACAAUGAAAGAGAAAGAAUUCCAAAAGUUAAUGGGUCCACGACCGCCAUCUAUCGUUCAAACAGAACUAUCUCGGGAAUAUCACAAGUACCAAGAAGCACACACAAGGACCAACGAGAGCAACCAAGUGUUGCACAAGGCCAUGACGCUACACAUCGCCAACCUCAAACUGUUGGCCCAACCUUUGGACGUGCUGCAAGACAAGAUACCAAGCAUUGACAAUAUUGAAGGUCUGGACCGCGAGACGAUGUCGGAGAUGCGUCGCGUGGUGGGCAAGGCGCGCGAGAUGCAGGCGCAGCGGGACGCGCUGGUGCAGCAGCUGCGGGACGCCGUGGCCGCUGACGACGUCACCGCCCUGCUGCUCGUCACCAACGAGCCGCCCGAGGACCUCUUCAAACGAGAAAUCGAAAAACAUGCGCCCACGGUAAAGAUCCUCGAACAGAAUUUGGGAGCUCAAGAGAAUAUUAUAAACAAGCUAACGUCGUUGUACGCGUCGUACGGAGACUCGCGGCGUCUGCUGUCCGAGGUGCUGAGGAAACGAGAUGGCCUCAUCAACGCAUUAGUGACGUCAUACGACACGUACGAGGAGUUGCUGAGAAAGUCCCAGAAAGGCCAGGAGUUCUACAAGAAGCUAUCGCACAACGUGAACCAGCUGCUGUCCAGACUGAAGAGCACGUGUCAGGUGCAGGAGGAGGAGCGCGCGCAGCUGCUCUCCAAACAGAACACUAAAGCUGUGACGUCAGCGCCAGGCCCGGCCGCACCCGCCGCGGCGGCGCCCAAAGUCCCAGACGUGGCCGGCCUGCCGCCCACCGGAGCGCCCCGGAAGCUGAAGGACUACCUGCCUUAUAUGAAGAACAGGAGCAAUCCUAGAAACACAGGCCCUCCAGUUCAAAUGGAAGCCUUCCCGCCAGACACGUACUAUCCGGAAACGAUGUACCUCCCCUCCGUAAGACCGGCGCCUGUUGGCUCUGAGGCUACAGACGUGGCACAGAUGCAGCUCCCCGACGGAGUUCUGAUGUCUCAAGCUCAGAACACUUCAUUCACCGACCGUUACAACCCUAACAUCAUGCCCGAAACCUCUUAUGCCCAGAACUAUGCCUACCCGGCCGCCGAGAAACCGUACGACAAGGAUAACUCCGCGUACAAUCCGCACACGCAACAAUAUCCGCCUCAGAUACCAGACCCGCAGCAAGUGUAUACCGGCCCUUAUUACAGCACGCCCCAGAACAGCGCCGCGUCCGUGUCGGAGCCGCAAUCCGUGCAAUAUAGCAACCAACCACCCAACAUGAGCACGAAUCCAAAUAUUCAAUAUCCAGUCUACAAUGACCCUUACGCGCAGAAUGUUCAGUCUGUGGCCUCGAGUCACGGCUCCAAUACUUACGCUUCUGCUAACCAGGCUUACGCGAAUAACCAGACAGAUUUGAAUGUGAAUUUUGCACAAAUGCAUAUAAACGCUCCAAAGUCUGAACCGUCUGUAGAUCCCUCGCACGGUUACUACAUGCAGUACCCGCAAUCGUCCACGCCCAGUGUUGCGUAUAACGCCGGUUUGAACACGGGCGUGCCCGCUCCGGGCUCACAGCUUCCGACGGACUACAGCUCUCUUAGUUACCAAUACAGCACCGAGUCGGUCCAGUACAGCGUCAGUGCACCCUACAGUGUGCCGGAACAACCGUAUAGCUACGUCACGAGCUCGCUCGACAGCGCGUCCCAACACUACGCGACGCAAACGAUCGCGACCGGCGCGAACACGUCGACGACAAACGUCACUAGCACAGUGACGUCACUGCCUUACACGUACCCACCCGAGGCUGAGGUAUACAACCCCGCUUUAGCGCAGAUGGACGCGUUCGAUAAACCGAUCAAAUCGCACGUGACGGGUGAAGCUCUCUCGUCUAGUUUCCAGUCGAACUAUAACACACAGAAUUACAGCAAUAUUCAGAAUUUCCAAAAUCCAAACGUGCAAAGCUACCAGCCGACGAGCACCUACGAGGACCAAAGCAAAGUUAAUUACGGCCAGACCUACCAAAAUCAUCCGGGCUAUACACUCAACCAGGCUACCGGUAAUUACGAAUACAAUUACGGUUCGCAAAACUCGUACGCAAACCACCAAGGGAAUGUGGACCCUCAGACCGUGCACAACGACUCGAAUUGGGCCGGACAGCGCUACACCAGCGCCGGCGGAUGCCACACCGUGCAGUCCCCCUCUGAAACGCAAGUCCCCCAAGCUCCGACCCAAGAACAGAACAGCAAUCAGUAUUACAAUGCGCCGUACGGGUACAUAACGACCACUAACCAGUCGAAUGAAAUGGUCGCCACUCCGCAAACGAUCGGGACCAACUAUGGCGCCAACGUCAAUCAGUCGACUUACAUGCAGUCCGGUCAAGGUCACGAUACCAGCGUUACAUUUACCAGUAAUCAAGUUUUUUCGCAAAAAGAGAAUGAUGUUCAAUCGACUGAACCAAUUGGAGUGUCAACUGAAUCGCGUGAUACAGUGGAGGCGCUGCAGGCUCCACAGAGUAACGACGUCUCGGUCCAAGAAACCGUUCCAACACCGGUACAGACUACAGAACAAGUUGCGGAGAAUCCGAUCGAGGAAAUCGAGCCAAAGCCGGAAAUUUCCGUAUUCGAUCUUCUAUCGGACAUAGAUUUUACGGUUGAACAAAAACCGUUGAUGCCCGAGAUAAAAGUGCCACAAAUAUCCGAAAGUGCCAUACGGAAGCAGGUGCUUCCUAAACCAGAGCCAGCGAAGGCUCCCAAAGAAGAAGCGCUCGUCCGACCGGCCAAGAGAGAUGUCUUCUCGGACCCCAGUCUACUCAACCAGUUCACGCAGGAAGUGAAGAACUUGCAGAGAUUGGUGGAUUCGCUGACCAACAGAACUCCCAGUGGACUGACGCUGUUGGAUUCAAAAUGGAAAAUGUAUCAAGACGUACAACUGAAGGAAAACAUGACUAGGUCUAAAACGAUAGCGAUGAAACACAGCCGCGGGAACAUUGUGACGGAGGUGGUGCCCUUCGACGACUCGCGCCUGACGCUCAAGUCCGACCCGGACGCUUACAUAAACGCCUCUCAUUACAAGCAAUUAGCCUCAUGGUGUAUACCCUUAGUGAUCUCUAAAAAUCCAAGUGAAGAUGAAUAUGGAAUCUUCUGGAAGUCAGUAUUAGAAAAUAAAAUCAGUUGCAUCGUGUGUUUACUGAGUGAGAUUGAGCUGCAAGGAAAGUCGUACUGGCCGACGGCCAAGGGACAGUCUCUGGAGCUGUACGGCCUGAAGGUGCUGCUGGAGGAAGUGAGCUGCACCGUGCACUGGACCGAGCGGAGGCUGCGCGUCGGCGGCGGCGGUAGCGUGCACACCGUCAUGCACUACCAGAUCAACGUGUUCCCUGCCAAAAUUGUUUGCUCACCCCUAGUGCUUCUGGUAGAUAAAAUUCUGAGUCAAACCUAUGAAAAUCGUCUGUGCAAUCAACUGUGCGGCGCGUGGAUACAGUGCGGCGCGGGAGCGGGACGCAGCGCUGUCGUCGCCGUUCUCGUUAUGGUCAUGUGCCAGGUGCGAGCGGGACAACUAGAUUUGUGCGAUAUGCUAGACGCCGGCUGUGUCAACUUGUACAAAGGUCGCGCGAACAUUCUGGAAGACACGAAGUAUCUAGCCGACGCGUACAGAACCGCGCUGUUUUACGUACAAGGCGUACUUUGUUCUGGGACAACGAAUUUCAACGGUGAAGCAGUUUCCGGACCAACAGGAGCCUCCAUCCUCCCCCCGGUCACUCCCACCCCUAACAACUCCAACUCCGCCACGCCGCAGAAGAAAUUCUCUCGGGAAUCAUUCGAGGAGAUGAAGCAGGCCCCCGGCCUCAAGAGCGGAGACAUGAAAGACCCCCUCAACUUUUUGGAUCCGCUGUGGAGCUUGAAGAAGAAAUAAGACUGUUUCUAUAUAGAUUUUACUAAAUUGUAUAUUAACUAUUGGUAGCUUUGUACGUGUCUCGAGCGACGCGUCCGCGCCAAUUACACGAUUCCAGAUUAAAGUUAAAUAAAGUUUAAAGUAAUGAAAACGGUUUUGAGACUAGAAUCGAAAUAUUUCAGUGCUCAGAUAUUCAUAUUUACUGUUUUUCUCAUAUCCAAGCAAAGUAUAUUUAUUUUAGAUGUAAUCAUUAUUAUGGUCAAUAUACAGAAGCUUAAAGUAGACUGUGAUUGAAUAUUAAUAAAAAAUAAUUACAAAUUAACAACUAACGGAUUAGUGAAAUUCGUUUUUUUGAGUAUUUGGUUCUGAUUACAAGAAAUAAUGUAAUAAUAAAACUUAGGUUAGUCGACGUUAUCUAAGAAUCACUAUGGCCAUUUUCCAAAUAGUGUAGAAUAUGCACUCGUUGAGCUAAAAUGAACAAGCCGAUGUUUUCUCUCUCCGACAAAAUCACCUCGUUUCCAUGUGACGAAAUAUUCACCAAUGUUGCCAACAAUAAAAAAAGAAUGGAUGAUGAAAAUGAAAUACUAUCACGAAAUAAAAAAGUGAUAUAUGUACAUAAAUACACAUAUAAAUAACGAACAACUUUAUCGAAUAUGUGAAAAUGUUAUUUAAUUUCUUUGAUCAGUAUUAAUAGGUCACAGAAAUAUAGAAAAGUUAAUAAUAAAAUGACGAUGUUGCAUUGAAUAAAAAAAUUCGACUGAUAAUAAAAUUAAAACGAUAAAAAGUAAAUGUAAAAUUAGA